CAGGAUAAGCACAAAUUUCCUUAUGAGUUGCUACGCUUGUAUUACGUACCCUUUGCGGUGCGGAGAAUGAGGUCAUUUUUCAUAGGAGCGAAAUUCUGCGCCAUUGUUGCUGUAUGAUGUGAGAUUGAACAAUGAGCAGCCUCGGAAUUCUAUGAUGAUGGGAGUAGCUUCCGACGAACCCCGCGCGCACCGUGAAGGCCACUAAGCCGCAUGCAGACGCGACAGCUCAGACGCGCCUUCCUCUCUCUAGCAACGAAGUCAAUCCGAGAUCAUGCUUCUUAUGCAUGUUCACCUCCCGACGCGUCUGAGACCGAUAACAUCACCAAAGCAUCUCUUCUUCGCUUCUCGAGCCCACGUCAAAGCCGCCAGAAGCUCCUUCUCGAGCUUGACGCGACCUUGCGCGAAACCACGUGCAGCGCGGUUCGCAGGCGCAACAUGGACCGGAUCACUGCAGCUUCGAGGUGCGAAGCGGAAAGCCUCAAUCAAACUUGAAGAGGUACCUCAGGGUUCCAUUGGAUCUGAAGCGCUACCGCCCCAGGAUGAUGCCGAGCCAGAUUACCCACCAUUGCUGCAGCAAGUGCGCAACACUAUGCUCAAAUUCAGUCACUGUGUCGUAGUGACCAGAGUUGGCGGCUUCUACGAGCUUUACUUCGAACAGGCUGACGAGUACGCACCGCUCUUAAACCUGAAGAAGGCAAAGCGAAAAGCAUCCAAGGGUAGCAAAAGACCUGCUGUGUCAAUGGCCGGCUUCCCUGCAUACCAGCUGGACCGCUACCUUAAGAUACUUGUCCAGGAUCUGAACAAGCAUGUUGCCAUCUGUGACGAGUUCGUCAACGACGCACCCAAUCGAGCGAAGGGCGAGCUUCAGUAUAUUCGACGAGUGGCUCGCAUCAUCACGCCUGGUACUUUGAUCGAUGAGCAUUUCAUGGAUCCCUGGGAGAACAACUAUCUCCUCAGCAUCCACGUUGACCCUAAGAUGCUCGAAAAGGACAAGGCUGUUGCAAAAAGUCCUGGGAGCUCCAACGUGGCUUCUGUGCUCAAUCUGCCUCGUACGGAGGUUGGGCUUGCUUGGAUCGACCUAUCUAGUGGCGAUUUCCUGACGCAAAGCACCGAUAUUGCAUCCUUGCCGACUGCAGUAGCUCGCAUCAAGCCACGGGAGAUCGUGCUCGAUAGCAUUUUCGAAGAAGCUGAGCAUUCACACAUCGUGUCCAUACUGCAAGAAGACGGGCAUAUCAUCACGUUCCAGGAGCCGUCAAAAGAAUUACUCACUGUUGAGGACUGGAUACCCAUGCUCGAGGAUGUCGUUGAUGACUUCGACCCUGCGAACUUCACAACUGGCGAAGUGGCUGCUGGUGGUUCACUUCUGCACUAUGUCAAGCACCAGCUUCUUGGUUCUCGGACACGACUACGAGCGCCAGUCAGACACCAGGCCGAAGAUCACAUGAGCAUCGACAAGAACAGCUUAAGAGCGCUGGAGAUCAGGAGCACAAUCCGAGACGGCACUUACGAAGGGAGUUUACUGCACUCUCUGAAGAGCACAGUCACCAAAAGUGGGACACGCCUGCUAUCGCAACGACUAUCCGCACCGUCCAUGUCGCUUUCCACAAUCAACGACCGGCUUGAUUUGGUCCAAGAGAUGAUCGAAUACCCUCAGCUCAGGCAAGAUAUCAUAGCGUUGCUUGGACAGACCUUCGACUCUCUUCGACUUGUCACAAAGUUUACAUACGGUCGUGGCGAUGCAGAUGACCUGAUGGAGCUUUCGAAAACCAUUGCUACUACUUUCGAAUUGUUCAAUGUCGUUCGUGAGCACACGACUUCGAGGAAUGCCAUCCCAACCGACACCAACGCCGAGACGUCAGAGACCAGACGGAGGCAGUGCAUGUCUGCACUAGAGCGACGCUUCGAUCUUGAAGGUGUGCUCGACCUUUCCAGACGCAUACAGGAUGCUAUCGACGAGGAUGCGCUGUCUGAAUAUCAUCGUGCCGAAGACGAGCAAGCGGAAGAAAUGUCAGAACUCGCACAAGACGUCCUCGGUCGAGAAGCAGGCGAGGAGGACUUGAAGGACAUGCCAAAACGCAUUCAGCCCAAACCUCACGCAAUCACGGGCAGCUAUAAGAGCGCUACAGAUGGACGAGACGACAUCUGGAUUAUGAAACGUAAGGCAAGCACAGCUUUACACCGGUUGCACAAGUCUCUGGAAACCAUGGGCGAUGUGAAAGCACAGCUCGAAGCUAGACUGCGGGAGAAGAUGGAUGUUUCCACCCUGACGCUCAAGUGGACGCCGAACCUUGCGCAUAUUGCUCAUGUGAAGGGAAAAGACAUGUCUCGCAUCGCAGAACACUAUCCGAAGAGCCUCAGUAGCAGCAAGUCGACCCGGUCGUUCCAAGUUCCUGAGUGGACGCUAUUGGGCGCUCAGAUGGACGAGACGCGCUUCCGAAUUCGCAACGAAGAGCAGCGAGUCUUGGGAGAAUUGCGCGAGGGUGUCGUACGCAACCUCGUGAGGCUUCGACGUAACGCCGCUGUGCUUGACGAGCUUGACGUCGCAUGCGCCUUUGCACUGCUUGCCGUGGAGAAGUAUUUCAUCCGACCCAUAAUCACUUCCGGAACAUCGCACAACGUUGUUGGCGGUCGACAUCCGGUUGUCGACAACAGCAGUGGUGACCAAGGACGUAAAUUCACGCCCAACGACUGCAUACUCGACGACAAAGAGCGCAUCUGGCUCAUUACUGGUCCUAACAUGGCGGGCAAGAGCACGUACCUCCGGCAGAACGCCUUGAUCUCGAUACUUGCCCAGACAGGGUCGUAUGUACCAGCCGAGUACGCGGAGAUUGGACUCGUCGAUAAAGUCUUUAGUCGUGUUGGCUCAGCGGACAAUCUCUUCCUCGAUCAAUCAACCUUCAUGGUAGAGAUGCUUGAGACCGCUCAGAUUCUCAAAGAAGCAACUCCACGUUCCUUCGUCAUCAUGGAUGAGGUAGGCCGAGGUACUACACCUGAAGACGGCAUUGCAGUAGGCUUUGCUUGCUUGCAUCAUUUGUACUACUCGAAUCAGUGUCGAACUUUGUUUGCGACCCACUUCCACACUCUUGCCGAUAUGACCAAGGAUUUCAACAAGCUGGCUUGCUACUGUAACGAUGUCCGUGAGGAGGCAGACGGCAAGUUCUCAUAUGUGCAUCGCCUCAGAAGAGGUGUUAACCGUGAGAGUCACGCUCUGAAGGUUGCACGAGUCGCAGGCCUUCCCGAAGAAGCCAUUGCUGUUGCUGCACGAGUUCGCAAGCAGCUAAAGGGUGAUUCGACCUGAUCAGGAGCCGAACGGUCUGUCAAAGACAGGAGAUAGAGCUGCUGCCACGAUAUGAGUCUACACUCCCUCCCUUCUCCGCGCUGU